AUGAACUAUAAAUGGGUUUCCCUCAGGCCAGUUCAUGGAAACCUAGCUUUAAAAUUUCUCAAUUGUGUAAUCAAACAACCUGCUUUUCAACAACUCAAGAAUCUCACGUAUGUUUACUGUAUAACUGUUCAUAUACUAGUGAAAUCAAGAAUGUAUGCCUCUGCUAAAUCAAUUUUUACACAAUUAUCUGACAUGGGUAUCAAUUCAAACUCCAUUUUUGCUGCUUUGAUGGACACUUACCGUCUUUGCAACUCAAAUCCUACAAUACUUUUCUUAGUUGGGAAUUCAAAAAGGGAAGAUGGGUGUUUGGUAUUUGACAGGAGAAUUCAUGGGUGUUUGUUUCUUGUGUUCUUGACUGGCAACGAAUACAGAUGUUAUGAAGAGGCUAACAUUGAUGAGGAGAAGGAAGAAAACAUAGAGAACGAGAGUGUAUUAUACCAGAAUGUGUUAUGCUACAAUGUAUAA